CAUAUUUAUGCCGUGUUGGGAUUCAUUUCACUGGAACAUGAAGAGAGGAAGGUGUCUGUGCGUGUGAUUACAGACGUAUAGGCAACGCCAAGUGGAGUUGAAAGGCAGUAGAUAUCCAAGAUGGCGUACAGCGGCGUGAGUGUCAAUGCCAUGGCUGAGUCUGGAGGACGUGGACGACGGUGUUUCCACAACAUCCUCUGGUUCACAGCCGUGUUCAGCAUGUCGUCACUGGUGAUGGAGUCAGUUAAGUUGUACACAGUGUCACAGAUCACAGCGCUGGAAAAGCAGUUUGGACUCAGCAGUACAAAAAGUGGCCUACUUCUGAGCUGCAGCGAAAUCGGCUAUCUUUCAGCUAUUUUCUUCUUCAGCCAUUUUGGGGGAAAGCGCUUUAUACCUAGGAUCCUGUCAUGUGCAUUAGCUGUGUAUGGUAUUGCUAGUUCAAUGUCGGGUCUGUUACACUUCAUGAAUCCUGUAUCGCUUCCUACUUUAGAGGACCUUGCCUCCAACUAUUCUUCUUCACAAAGAGUCAGGUCUGUGUCUGGAUUCCGUGCAGGAGCAGGAGCGAUGCCCGUCUUCGGAGGAUCAAGUGACUGACAACGGACGUUGGGUGUACAGUGUCCUUGCUGUACUUAUGGUGUUACUUGGAGUGGGUAAAUCCCCACGCUUUUCCCUGGGUUUACCGUACGUUGACAAUAAUUCCCGUGACAAACAGCAGUCGAGUUUACUGACAGGUAUCAUUAUGACGAUGGCGUACCUUGGACCAGCUGCUGCUCUCGGUCUUGGUGGAUGGUUCAGUGACAUUCCCAUUGAUCUAAGCGAGUCCCAGUUAGACAGCCAUCACCCCCAGUGGAUAGGGGCAUGGUGGAUCGGGUACCUGAUCUUUGGAUGUGCAGCCCUCUUUCUUGCUGUACCCUUGGGCUGCUUUCCAAGGCACAUUAAGAAAUCAAUGGUUAAUGAUACUGACACGACCAAGUCUCUGAAAAACGAUAUAGUCGACAUGCCAAGGUCCAUAUUACGGAUAUUGAAGAACCCAGUAGUCGCCUGUCUUCUUCUUGGGAAUGUCAGUGCUUUCUUUUUUGUCGGAGGCUAUUUAAGCUUUGCUCCAAAAUACAUCGAGACCCAGUUUGCAAGGACGGCAGCUGAGGCGAACUUCAUAUUGGGUAUUCUAGAGCUGAUGUGGGCGUUAGUGGGCACCCUUCUUGGGGGCAUAAUCACCAGCAGAUUCCGGCUUACCAGCAUUGGAUGUACAAAGCUCACGACCAUAGUGAUAUCAAUUGGAACUGUCCUCUAUUCCCUCACGUUGGUCUUUGGUUGCGACGAACAGAACAUCAAGGGUCUAGGUGACAGCAGAUAUUCCAUGGUAAAUGACACUGUCUGCAACUGUGAGUCAACGGAGUACAUGCCUCUGUGUGGCGUUGAUGGAGUGACAUAUAUCAAUCCCUGUAUGGCAGGAUGCAAGUCUCAGAACGGUACUACAUACAAGGGGUGCAGCGAGAUUCCUGGUAACGAAGGCACAGUGGGCAAAUGCCCAUUAGAUUGCCCCUACCUUUAUCCCUACAUCAUCGUUGACCUGUUGUCCGGCCUAGCGGCGACAAUUUCCAUAGUCCCUGUCGUCAUGACCAUAAUGAAAACAGUACACCCGAGGGACAAAUCCAUGGCUGUGGCUAUAUCGUCUUUCCUAAGUAGUUUUGUCGGUUUUCUUCCAUCACCUAUCGUUUAUGGAAAGGUCAUUGACACCACGUGCACUCUCUGGGAAACAACGUGUGGUGAGGUCGGCGCAUGCGCAGUGUAUGAUAUCCCAAGCCUACGAUAUCGUGUAAAAGGGAUGGACGUAGGACUUCAGUUAUUAUCAUCAGCUGGCUUUUUUGCAGCUUUCCUUUUACUAAAAAAUGGGGUCGCUAAUGAGUAUUCCGAUUCAGAUGCACCACAAACCCAGGCUGAAGCAGCAGAAGAUACUGAGAAACGUGAUGUUCAGCUUACACAGUUUUAAAACUCCUUCCAGACGGAAACGAAACUGUGUUCGUUUGGGGCGUUUAUGGAAUGAAUAUGUUGAUUACUCCAAUAACUGAAAAAUGGACCAAAUACGAAGACAACAGCAUUCCUGUAUACUGUAUAAAUAUAACACUCUUCAGCUACAUAGGUUAAAACAUCAAGUCACUCUUUAAGGAUAUUCUUAAAGGAGAGAAUAUUCGUAGUAGUCAAUGAUGUUAUAUAUAAUGUCAACGUGUUUCUUUAUUGUUAAAGCAUUUUUUUCCAUUAAUGAGCUCAAUGGGUCAUUAUCAGCUAUGGUCUAUUCUAGUAUUGUUCUGUCAAAAAAUAAGUUGUAGGACUAAGGUCAAUUUUACUUGCCUGUGUUCUACCCCAGUGGGAAAUGUAGUUCUCUCUAACUUUAGUACGCAGGGGUACAUGCUGUAAGAAAUGCAUUUUUAAAAACUAUUCACAGAUUCCGUAUCCAUACGCACUUACAUUAUUAAGGGCAAAUGGACAUGGUGAAAUUCUGUUGAUAUUUUAUGACUUGAUGACAAAGGAGCUUUGGUCAUAUGUAGCGUAAAAACAACUCGUUCCCAAUAUCUUAUCUGCAUUGGGUCCCUGGUGAAAUAAAUCAUCCUGCAAAUAUAUUUCACGCGGGACCUAUAACAUGCCUAUGACAGGUCGGAAAAUACCACCAAACAGUCUCAGAUGUUUUU